GGUGAGGAACGAAGAGGUGCUGUAGGUGAAUGAUAAUUAGGUGGGUGAAUGAGGCAGUCAGCCAGCUAGCAAUGGCUCGUUUGCUGCCGCUGAACUUGUCCCUGUGUUAUCGCUAACGUGACACAAGUUCACGUUGCGUGACUCGGCGUCCUCGAGCUCUUCAGUUCUUCUUUCUUCAGUCAGAUGGGACAACAAUGAAGGUCAGUCGACGGAGAUGGUGAAGGAAGGAAAGAAUGUGCAACAGAUUUCAAAUUGAUUUCUCUGGGGAGGAUUCUGGUACAGGACUUCUGGCGUCAAUGAGCUGACCUGUCUCUCCACUGAAGCACACGAGAGGAGAACGUCGUGUCAUCGUCGCCAUCGUUGCGCAGAGAGCAACCACGGCGAUUCAUUGUCCAGGAAAGAUGCAGAAGUGAAGUAUCGUAUGAUCAAUCGCAAGCAAAAUGCUUCGUCUGUAGUGAAGCGCGCCUAUUUAAUGGCAGACUAGACAUGCAGUGAAAGCAGGACGGACGCACACACAGAGAGAGAGAGAGAGAGAGAGAGAGAGAGAGAGAGAGAGAGAGAGAGAGAGAGAGAGAGAGAGAGGGAUCGUGGGACUUCAAAAUUUAAUGGCGCCGGAUUGCGUGUGCCUUAUUUAAUAUGCGGGUGCGAGUCGAGAUCGACGGGACGCUCAUCUCGAAGUGGCAGGAAGGGUAGGAUCUGAGCGUGUCGCCGGUUAUAAUCAUAGAUUGGGCAAAAGCCUGGGUGAGGAACCGAAGACAGAGGGCAAUUCUGAAGAACAUAGGCUGAUACGGAGAGAUUGAUGGAUAACAACAGGAUGAUACGGAGAGAUUGAUGGAUAGCAACAGGCCUAUGUAAUUGGGGAGGGGGAGAUUAGGAAGGCGGUCGUGUCGGAGUGGGAAAUCACCUGUUCUUCGCUCGGUUUGUGUCGAGGGUAACGGUGACGGGUGUGUUUGUUAAUCAUGAGAGUUGUAAGGUGGCUUAGGGGCUGGUGUACUGCUGUUGCGGGCUGCCUUGGUCGCAAUCUGACGGGCAAUAGUGCAGAAGUGUCCGGGGUUGGACAGGAGUCGAGCCCGAUGUCGGGAACUGGUGUGGAUUCGUCGGAGACGCCCCGUUUCAGGUCUGGCCCUAGCCAUACCUCCACGGUGGUGGUGGUAGUUAACUCCACCGACAAUGUGAUCGUAACGCUGUGGAUCGACUACGAUGGGAAGGAGGUACCGUAUGACAAGCUUGCGCCAGGGGCACAGGUUCGGCAGCAGACGUAUGUUUCACACCCUUGGGUCUUCAGGGAUGCCGCUACAGCAGAGCAGCUUGUUGUCGAUCGCCGGCUGGUCCUGUUCCCAGAGGAGGAGGAGAAGGUUGUCCAUGUACGCAGACCAGAAGUUCUGGAGUGGAACCUGGACACUCACAGAAGAUUUCCUCAGGACUUCCGAGAGCAAGUCAAGGAGAUUUUGCGAUGUCAUCGGAGAGUGUACUGCGGUGGGCACAAGAGCAAGUGCAGCACAGGCGAUGCUUUGCCUCUUGCUGAUGGCCCCCCUGCCCAGCGGUCAAGAGGAUCCUCUCCGAGUAUGGAUGCUGAGAUGCCGAUUGAUAUGCUCGGGUGUAGAUUAGGGCAGCUACCUCCAGACCUGUUACUUCUCAUUGUGAAGUACUUUUCGCCAACCAUUCAAGAUAUCCUUCCCUAUGAGGAAACAACGGUGGUUACUUGAAAAGCCACAUCAUUCAAAGCCGCCCUCCUUUUGUUCAGAUCAUUAUGUUCUGCUGUCACUUCAAAGUGCCACACCGUGCCCUUUUAUUAUUGUGCCGUGACUCAAUGGAACGGGCUGUCACAAUUGGACAGUUGUGUAUCAUGCGGUCUCCACAGUUGUGUAUCAUGCGGUCUCCACAGUUGUGUAUCAUGCGGUCGCGAGUUUGACAAGUAUACUCAGCUGAGGGCAUACUCGUCUCUGGACGCACUUCCAGUCGGAUGCAUGCACUUGCUGCCGUAAUUCCGGUCAGAUAGACCAGCGGCAUCCAGGCGAAAGUGAAUAAUGUCCGAAGAGCGACAUCCCAGUGUGAGUACAUUCUGAUUCUUAAAUUUAUUCCAACUCCACGAUGAUUCAUUCGGUCGGUUGUUACACUGUUGAACAGUCUAACAGUCUAACAGUCAAACAGUCGGGGUCAAUGCAGCGAUGGAAGCUGUAAGCUUUCGGAGUAUGGAAGCUGUAUCCAAGUGCGCUUUCGGAGUGCGAUGAGUACUUGGCUUCAAGCAUACAAUAACUUGCAGAUAAGCCAUGUGCUCUGUCGAAGGAAUGGUAGAGGGCAGGUUCUCCAGUAAUGCGAUGCGACUAUGUGCCCGUUGGGCUUUGGGUUUGGAAGGGAACGCAGCGUUUCCACUUGGGAACCAGUACCAUUCCCACUUCCACUUGCGAAGCAAUGUCUCUGAGUUCCUGGCGGUGAGCAACGCACUUCCGCGGCAUCGAAGCAGUUCCAUCAACGUGCGUGCUUUGUCGGCAGUUUGUCAGUGUGAUCGGCUUGACUUUGAGCGUGCAGAAGCUGACAGAGGAGUUCUGUGCUUCAUGGAGGGAGCGGAAGAGAGAGGCUUGCCUGUGUGAUCGACACACGAUCGACUCAAUGCGACUAUGCGCUGCCUGGCCUUUCUGCUCUGAAGGGAAUCCGGCGUUCCCUCUAGCGAAGAGAUCGCUCUUCGGCCGGGCGGUGUUUGUUGAGAACAUGCCCAGAAGUGUAGAUGCUAAACAAAUCGUGGAGCCUUUCCGUGUGCGGGCUCGAAGAUUGAACCGGUGGCAAUGGGGAUUGAUGAGAGGAUGUUUUGCAUUCAGACGUCGUUUGCCCGAAUUGGAUUUCGGCGAUUUAAUACAGGGCGGAGCAAAUGACAGGGUGGGGAGGGGGUUCCGAUGGGGCUGCGGGAAUUUGUAUAGAGGUGAGUGAGACCGUGUGAUGGUGAUUUAUCAGUGAUAAGUGCAGCUAUUCUUUUCUUGAGGACCCCUGUAGUUGGGCCUGUACCCUAAUCUGUCUCUCUAACCUAUUCUUUGGUCAUUCUUUACUGAAUCUUUUUUUUGGUCUAUUCACUCUAUUCCUAUACUAGCCUUUUUUUUUUUGUCUAUUCCUUAGUUAGUUUAAUAUUUAAUGGCCUUUGAAGUUUCAACAGCCUUUCAUUAAUUAUGAUCCUAGUCUCUUGGGUCUUUAGGGUUUAGGGUUUAUGGUUCCUGGUUUCAUUCAGAUUAAGUGCCGCACCGGGCGGUGACAUUUGCCGUGCUUGGGAGGGUGUGCUACGGAGUGGAUGUGGUGGCAGUCACUCUCCUCGGAAGCAUCUCCUUUGCCGUUUCCACUCUUGGUCGGGUCGAGGACGCGUUCGGUACUCUUCAUCCUUGUGCAGAGAGAAUUUCUUUGAAGUGAAAAUGCGCCUCACUGGACGUAGACCUUAAGAGCUGCUGUAGAUAUGCUUUGGAAACCUUUUUUGAAGUUUUUUUUCCUUCUUUCUGCCAUUUUCCUUGUGAAGGAGAGCGAAGUGUCGGCGGAGAAUCGAGGAGCGCAAACUGCACGUUUGGCACUGUUUCUGAUCGCGAAUUCUAACUACUACCAACGAUUAGCUCUGCCCCUCUCACGAGACACGGCAUAUUCACGCUAGCACUUUUUCGUUUGUUUCUGGAUGGAAUUGCAGCCAGAUGCAUGCAGAUCCGGCAACAAAUGCGGCCAGAUAAUGUUAGUGUGAGUAUGCCCACAGAGUAUGAGAGGAUGGAGGGGAAUCCGAACCGGACUGCGGAUGUCAACUACGGCGUUGAUAUGGGUGCCACACACGAGUUUUGCUGAGGAAACAUUGCUCAUGCCAGACGACAUGUAGGAUUUCCGAUAGCAAUGCGGUUCAGAAAGAUUUCGGUAGAAGCAUCGGGAAUGUACGAACCACGUUGAUAUCCACAUUCAUGACAGUUCUCGGACAUAUGGGGGAGACUUGCCAGGGCAGGCUCUUGAACAAGCUUUGGGUUUCUGGCCUUCUUUCCUGAUACCCAUCGCCAAGGUAAUGUAUUGAUCACCCCACUAACACCGUUAAGUCUUUUCCUG